CCGGGCGGGCCCGCGCGGCGGCGGCGAGUGAGGCUGCCGCCGGCCAUGCCAGUGCUCGCGUCCGAUGCUGAGUCAGAAACAGGUAUCCCGAAAUCCCCCUCUGAAGCGCGGCGCUCGGAGGCCAUGGAGGAGCUAGAGCACACCUGCCCCCAGCCGCGCAUGACUCUGACGGCACCUGCUCCUUUUGCGGAUGAAACAAGCUGUCAGUGCCAAGCCCCACAUGAGAAGCUAACCAUUGCUCAAGCCCGCCUGGGAACACCAGUUGACAGACCUGUCAGAGUGUAUGCAGAUGGGAUAUUUGACCUCUUCCACUCUGGCCAUGCUAGAGCUCUUAUGCAAGCCAAAACUCUAUUCCCAAAUAGCUACUUAUUAGUAGGAGUUUGCAGCGAUGAUUUAACUCAUAAAUUCAAAGGCUUCACUGUGAUGAAUGAAACUGAGCGAUACGAAGCCCUCAGACACUGUCGUUACGUGGAUGAGGUCAUCAGAGAUGCACCCUGGACGCUAACACCCGAGUUCCUUGAAAAGCAUAAGAUCGACUUUGUAGCCCACGAUGACAUCCCGUACUCCUCCGCUGGCUCGGAUGACGUGUACAAGCACAUAAAGGAGGCAGGGAUGUUUGUGCCAACGCAGAGAACUGAAGGUAUCUCCACCUCGGACAUCAUCACCAGGAUUGUCCGGGACUACGACGUGUACGCCCGGCGCAACCUGCAGCGAGGGUACACCGCCAAAGAGCUCAAUGUCAGCUUCAUCAACGAGAAGAAGUACCGCUUUCAAAACCAAGUGGACAAAAUGAAAGAGAAAGUCAAGAACGUGGAGGAAAAAUCAAAAGAAUUUGUUUACAAGGUGGAAGAGAAGAGCCAUGACCUCAUUCAGAAAUGGGAAGAAAAGUCCAGGGAAUUUAUCGGCAACUUUUUAGAGCUGUUUGGACCUGAUGGAGCCUGGAAGCAGAUGUUCCAGGAGCGGAGCGGGCGGAUGCUCCAGGCUUUCUCUCCCCGGCAGAGCCCAAACAGCAGUCCUACGCGAGGCCGCUCUCCAUCCCGUUCUCCAUCGCCACCCUGGGUCUUCAGUAAAGCCUCCCCUCCCUCUUCUCCGAAAGCCGCCUCUGCCUCCCUCAGCAGCAUGAGCGAGGGAGACGAGGAUGAAAAGUAACAUAAAGAUCUAUUUUUUUAACCAUGAGACAGAAGAACAAGCUACGAACUCAGCCACUGGAUGGGGAGAAGCAUGAGGAACACCCGGCGUACGUCUGGCAGCAGGGAACGUGCUCUGGGAGAUGGUGCCGAGAACGGCCCGGAGCACAGCGUGGGACAGCUCAGGAAGAGCUUAUCCUGGCCUCAGCCCUUUAUGGUGCCCGCAGGCCCCAGGGCAGCGCUCGCCCUGCCUGAGCAACGCACCCCUCUCCAUGCAAGGCCCGAGCCCGGCCCUGCCGCUCAUGGCUGUCUCGGCCAGGCCGGGCCCUGCGCCCAGGGGCGGCAGGAGACGGCUGCUGGGCCCCGGCCCAGCCACAGCACAGGGCGGGCAGCUGCGGCUGCCCACUGAGGGAGAAGGUGCGGCAGUGCCGGCCCCUGCUGACCGCCCUCGAGCCCUCGGCACCUGAAGGAAUGGCAUUGCUGCAGCAAAUAAUGUCGAGAAACAGGGAAUAAUGUUUUACUCUCCUUCGUUUUUGAACGAAAUCCGCCACAGACCCCAAACCGUGCGAGUGAAACAGAGAGCUCUCCCACUGACUGGGUGGGAAUCCAUUUAAUCUAUCCAAGCUACAUCAUGCUGCUUGUUGACCAAGCAUCUGGACGGGGUGUGUGUAGAGGCAGGCUGCAUAUGCUUUA